GACAAUUCUCAUAAACCUGAAUCCGUACGAAUGCUUCGAGCCGAUCUUAAAUCUUAAUUACAUUUGUUUUAGAUGUUUUAAUGAUUCUAAUUAGAAAGUAGCACCUUAAAUUAUAGCGGGUGUGUUAACAAGAACGCGCUUUCUAGUAUCAGUGAUGUGAAGAAUUAAAGAGGACGUCAGCCCGUAUUUAUUCAGUAUGGAGGGAGACACUACUCGUCUGAGGUUGUCGGCUCCCGACUGGUCUCUCGCAGGAGACUCGCAGUUACUGGACAUCUUACAGAGCUUGCAUCAGACCAUCAUAACCAAAUGCCAGGAGACCAAUGUUCAGUUGGAGUCCAUGAUGUCGUCCCUGGACGAGGCCAGCAUUCACUUGCAGAAUGUUAACAACAAAUUCCUCGGACUCAGUAACAGUCAGUUUGUCGAAAGUCGCGUCUACGAUGAUCACACGGAGAUCGCUGAAGAUAAUAACAACAAGGAUCCUCCGCAGCGCGCCCCCCUCAGUCCCGUGUCGUCUUUGAAGCUCUGUCUCCACACCCUGGAGAGUCUUCACGAAGCUGUCCCCGUGAUGGACUCCGACAGUGACGAAGAGGGCAGCGCCCGCGUGGUGCUCCGGCCUCUGCUGCGUCGCGGGCGCGUCGCUCAUGAAGCUGUAUCAUCAGACGCGGACAGCGAGGAGUCCUCCCAGCAGGAGAGGCAGCUGGAGGCCGAGUACUCGGACUCGAGUUCUGAACACGAACAACAGACGGACGCACACGAACAUACUAUUCCACCGCCGCCUCCCGUGUUAGUGACGUCACACACGCCGCCCGACACGAGGACCACGGAGCCGGUCACCUCGCCCGAGUCGGAUGAAUCGCCAAAAGUGAGGAAGCUGUACACAGUAGACAAACCCGUCACAGCUCAAAUCUUCCCCGAGGAGCCUCCGCCGCUUGACAAGUAUGACUCCGACACUGACGAUGACAUCUUCGCUGACUUACACACACAUGCACAUACACACACCCACACCCACACACACACAGCGCCAGACACGGGCGACAUCGUUAACGACCUGUUCGGAGGAGGAGGAGGGGGAGGAAGAGCAGGGUUUGACAGAGAUGACGUCACAGAACACACGCGAGUGAGGCAUUCACACUUUGUGAGAGAGGAGUCGCCUGGAGCGACCAGUGUGGAGCCAGUGGAGCCAGAGUCAGAACAGACUCCGCCACGGGAAUAUAUUACAAAGGAAAAUGUUAAAAAACCCGCUGGUGGUAUAUCUCUGUUCGGCGGCGCGGGUCCUGAAGCUAUCGGAGCGGCCGUCCUGCGAAGAGCACGAAGACAGUCAUCAAGUGACGGUGAGGUCGCGGACACUCGCACCGACAGAACCAAUGUCAUCGACGAAUUAUUUAUAAAACCAACUAAAAAUGUCAAAAAACCACCCGUCGAUGUUAAGAAAGAACCGAAAGUUGCUAAAGAUAUAGCCGAGAGUAGCGCUAAAGAUAAAAAAGAUAAAAUAGAUCUCUUCUCUGAUGAUAUCUUUGAUGACAUCGAUGAUAUCUUUACGAGUAACGUUACGAACACGACAAAAGACAGCAAGGAAACGUUGUUUAAUGAUGACCUGUUCAAUGAUAACAAUGAUCUGUUUAACGAUAACAGUAAGUCUGUUAAGACUGAGAGCAACGUUACUAAAGACGACAAAGUAAGAAACAUAUUUGAUAGUGACAGUGAAGACGAUUUGUUCUUUGAUGCUAAAGGAAAAGAUAAAAAUUCAGACACAAAAGAUAGCACUAUAGCUAAAGAUCAUAAUUCAAAUGAAAGCUUAACAGUCAAAAACACUAAAGAAGAAAGUAAAGUUGAACUGAAAAAUCAGUUGAGUCCAAAUUUAUUUGAUGAUGAUGAUGAUGACUUGUUCAGUGUGACGCCGUCCAGGAGAGUGGCGAGUGAACACGGUGAUAGGAACGCUGAAGAAACACGAGAUAAUCAAAGACAAGACAAGAAUGAGGCCGAAAAGAUGGAAGGAAUCAAGACAAAUGACACGCAGGGGGAAGACUGUUUGGAAGAAAAACAUGUCGGUGAUCCCGUGACAACUGAGAGAAGUGAUGCAAACAUGCGCGUUCCAGAAAAAAACGUUGCACGUAACGAAUUUCACGACGAUUUUAAUAAUUCUAGACCAAUAGAGGAAGAUUCGGCAAAAUCUACUGAUAGAGAAGAUAAUGAUGUGAAAUCAAGAGGUGAUAAUAGUCCAUUGCCGAAAGAAAAAGACUUUAUAAAAGAAACGAAAGAAAAUAAAAGUGAGGAGGAAGCGGUAGAUGUAAAAGAUACUAACGCCAAUGACAUAUUCGUCGAAAUCUUCAGUGAUCUGCCUCCAGCCUUCGAGAAACCGAUUGAACCGAAGAAGAGUAAAAACGUCAAUGCUCUGUUCGACGAUGACUCUGAUGAUGAGGCGCUGUUCUUCAAGAAAGAUGACGUCAUCACCGACGAGAAACCGGAAAUGGACUUCGGCAGUGACAGGUUUAGAAUAUUCCAUGACGAACCACCCGAUAUUGAUGUGGAUUUCACAACGAAGUCUGCGAGCGGACCUCAUACGACUGAUGUGGCAGAUGCUUUAGAAGCUGCGGCGGACGUUGAAGUUGUGACCCAUGGAAAAGCUGACACGGCAUCAGAAAAACAGAUUGAACAAUGUAAAGAGACGGGAAACGAAAAUAUGCCUCAUGAAACAAAAAACAACAACAAAAUAAACAUACUGAAAUUACUAGAGAAUGAGGAAAACAAUACUGAUGGAGGCAAUGAAAAGAAAGAGGAUUUAUUCACCGGCACAGAAAAAGAUGAUGCGAACUCUGCGAGUAAAACAAAAACAAGAGAUGUCAGGACAGAAGAAGAAUCAGACUCCUCGGAAAGAGAGAAUAGAGUUAUUGGAAAGCUGAAGCCGACGAAGCUCAAUAUAAAUGUUAAUACGUUGUUACCGGGAGCUGUUCCGAAGAAACCUGUGAACUACGAAGAGACCGACGGACAGGUCACAUCCAGAAGUAAAGAAGACUCCGCUCUGGUUGAAGAGCACAAAGAAAAAGUAGUCAGCUUCAAGGAAGAAACGAACUCGGAAGUCCUAGAUAACAAACUAUCCAAGGAGAGAGCUCGGAUUCAGGUCAAAAGACGACCGUCGACUAGACGAGCUAGACUUGAAGCUGUGAGGAAGACUGGUCUAGACUUCGGGUCAGACUCCACAGACAACUCCAGCUCGUUUGACGAACCGGUCAGAGAGAUACCAAGAGACAGCGCUCCUAACAAAGAAACGACGACGAAAGUGACCAAACAAGCAGACAACAAAGAUGUCAUCUCUAAAGUUGUUUAUGUUCUGAACGACGAGGACAUCUUCGACAUUCCUCCGACAGAAACAACUGCUGGAAAACCUCGGAAAGAAGAUCUCACGGAAACAAUGAACUCUACUGGAAUCAGACACCAAGAAACACAAGGAGAAGAGAGUCGGAAAAAGAAGACAGAAGAAAAGAAAACAAAGACAUCAUUAUUUGAUGAUAGCGACGAGGAAACGGAACUGUUUGGGAAACACACUAAGAGAUAUAUAUUCGACUCGGACAGCGACAGCGAACUGUUCGGGAAAGAUAAAGGAAAGAUAGUGAAAGAUACAAGAACAGAGGAAAAAGAUAAAGAAAGGAGAAUCGACAAGGUACAAGCGAAAAUACCUCUGUUCAGUGACGACAGCGAUGAAGACUUGUUCGGAGGAAAAACAAAAAAAAUAGAAGUAAAGAAAACAUCACAAGCGAGAGCAGUCCCUGGAUCAUCACAAGUUAGAGCAGUCCCUGGAUCAUCACAAGCCUUCGAUGAUCCGCUCUCAGUGCUCGGGGACGAGCGCUCACACAACGUGCAUAUAUAGACAGAUAUAUAAAACUAUUACUUAUUGUUGUUGUUGAGACGAAACAAACAUUCCAAUAGAAAACAAUGAAAAUAUAAUCUGUUAGUACAUAAAUUAAUUAUAUAUCGUUAACAAGCUAUUAUGAAUGAGAAAUAUUUUUGUAAAGUGUCCUUGUUAUCAGAUCGCUUUUACAGUUAAUUUGUUAGUUAGUUUAACUUUGUAAUGUUAUGUAUUUAAUAUGAAGUUGAUCCAAUAAAUGUUAUGAAUGGUUUCA